UGUUAUUUUGCCUUUUCUCUUGACAUCUAUUUACUUUAUCAAUAUUUUUCAUAUAUUUUGUUCUAAAAGAUAUAUUGCACCCUAAAAUUGUUUAUUAUUACGGCUUUAUUAGUAAAGCUUACCAAUCAAAACACAAAAUUGAGCCCCUUUUCUUAAUUGGCUUUGAAUUGGAGGGCAACAAUGAAGUAUUACUCUGAAGUUAAAUAAAAACGAUAUAUAAAGUUUUGUUGUGAGUUAAAAAAUAAUCAGCCGCAAUGAUGAAAAGUACGUUACCGAAAGACAAACCUGGCAAGAUGAGGAUCAGAGCUUUUCCCAUGACUAUGGAUGAGAAGUAUGUAGAGAGUAUAUGGACUUUACUAAAAAAUGCAAUACAGGAAAUACAGAAAAAGAAUAAUUCGGGUCUCUCAUUUGAAGAAUUAUACAGGAAUGCAUAUACUAUGGUACUCCACAAACAUGGGGAGAGGUUGUACACUGGCCUUAAGGAAGUUGUUACACAUCACCUCGAAAACAAGGUCCGUGAAGAUGUCCUCCAUGCAUUGCACAAUGGAUUUCUGCAAACACUCAACAAUGCAUGGACAGAUCAUCAAACUAGCAUGGUGAUGAUCAGAGAUAUACUCAUGUAUAUGGAUAGAGUUUAUGUACAACAGAAUGAUGUGGAUAAUGUCUAUAACCUAGGACUUAUUAUAUUUAGAGAUCAGGUUGUUCGGUACGGUUGUAUACGCGAUCAUUUACGACAAACACUCCUUGAACUGGUCGCUCGUGAAAGACGUGGUGAAGUGGUUGAUAGAUUGGCUAUUCGCAAUGCCUGUCAGAUGCUCAUGGUAUUGGGGAUUAACUCCCGGGCAGUGUAUGAAGAGGACUUUGAGAAACCGUUUCUGCAUCAGUCUGCUGAGUUUUAUCGGAUGGAAUCUCAGAAGUUCCUAGCAGAGAACAGCGCAGCGGUGUACAUAGCACGAGUCGAGGCGCGUAUAAGCGAAGAAGCUGAACGCGCAAGACACUAUCUUGAUGAAAGUACAGAGCCUCGAGUAAUCGCUGUAUUGGAACAUGAACUUAUUGAACGGCACAUGAAGACUAUUGUAGAGAUGGAGAACUCUGGCGUGGUUCACAUGUUAAUGCACACGCGUACCGUGGAGUUGGCCUGCGUCUACAAGUUAUUAUCUCGCGUUCAAGAAGGCCUUCGUACAGUCGCUGAUUCAGUGUCGGCCCAUCUCAGAGAACAAGGACGAGCGUUGGUCACAGACACACAUCAUAAUACAAAUGCUAUUGCAUAUGUUCAGAAUUUGCUGGAGCUAAAAGAUCGAUUCGAUCACUUCCUGCACAAAUCGUUCAAUAGUGACAAGAUCUUUAAGCACAUGAUUGCGUCGGACUUUGAGUACUUCUUAAAUCUUAACAAUAAGUCACCUGAGUUCCUCUCACUCUUCAUCGAUGGAAAACUUAAAAAGGGCGAGAAGGGGAUGAGUGAGCAAGAAAUCGAAGCGGUGUUGGACAAGACAAUGGUGUUAUUCCGUUUCCUGCAAGAAAAGGAUGUGUUUGAGCGAUACUAUAAGCAGCACUUAGCUAAGCGACUCCUACUUAACAAAUCCGUCUCAGAUGACAGCGAAAAGAAUAUGAUCUCUAAAUUAAAGACUGAAUGCGGUUGUCAAUUCACAUCGAAACUCGAAGGAAUGUUCAAGGACAUGACAGUGUCUAAUACCAUAAUGGAGGAAUUUAAGGAACACGUUAUAUCAUCCGGGAGCAAUUUACACGGCGUGGAUCUGUCAGUGCGCGUGCUUACUACGGGAUUUUGGCCGACGCAGAGCGCCACGCCCAAAUGCAACAUACCUGCCGCGCCUAGGAUGGCGUUUGAAGUCUUUAGAAGCUUCUACCUAGCAAAGCACUCGGGCCGCCAGCUCUCCCUCCAGCCCCAGCUGGGCAGCGCAGACCUCCACGCGACGUUCCGUGGGGCUUUGCCCUCGUCACCUCCCCGCUCCCCGCCCCACUCCGCCCCCGCAGCUCCCCGCAGGCACAUCAUCCAAGUGUCCACCUUCCAGAUGUGUGUGCUGCUGCUGUUUAACAAGAGAGAACGGCUUACCUAUGAGGAAAUCCUGAACGAAACAGACGUCCCGGAGAAGGAUUUAGUGCGCGCUCUGCAAUCUCUGGCGAUGGGCAAACCCACACAACGAGUGCUUAUCAAACAUCCUAAAACCAAGGAAAUAGAGCCCUCUCACCAGUUCUACGUGAAUGAUGCGUUCACUUCGAAAUUGCAUAGGGUAAAAAUCCAGACAGUAGCGGCGAAGGGCGAGUCGGAGCCGGAACGACGUGAGACUCGUAACAAAGUGGAUGAGGAUCGCAAACACGAGAUUGAGGCCGCUAUCGUGCGUAUCAUGAAGGCCAGGAAGAAAAUGGCGCACACCCUGCUAGUAGCAGAAGUAACAGAGCAGCUGCGCGCGCGCUUCUUACCUUCUCCGGUGGUGAUCAAGAAACGUAUCGAGGGUCUCAUAGAACGGGAGUACCUCGCGCGUACGCCAGACGACCGCAAGGUGUACACAUACGUCGCAUAGGUGCGUCUACACAUAUAUACUACCAAUUACAAGGCUAACAGCGAGACCGUAAAUCUCUCGGGUGGACAAGUUAAAGUGAUAGAAGUAACGAGAGUAUUUAAAUUAUUGCUAAAUAAAAAUUAUUAGUUAAUACAAAA